UGUUGUUGUAUCUUGUUUACAACAUUUUUAAAUACUAUUAGUUAUUACUUAUUACUUAAUACUUAUUUCUAUACAAUUGUACAGUUACAACUUAACUUAGUACUUAGASCAGUCAAUUUCUCAGAUUUCAGUAUUUUAUUGCAUGAUUUAUUGGCAUUUAGCACAGUCGCACAUGCGAGAUGCGACAUCCUCGUUAUGGGAUGUAGAACUGUGGAAGUCUAUACUUAUACUCUCAUAAGUUUUGGUUUUUAAUGUUGAUUUUGAUCAUUGUUAAAUGUUAUGAGCUCCCAUUUUAAGUUUUAAUUUAAUGUACACGCAACUACGCAAGCCCAUUUCUUGCCAUUUGGAAGAAACUACCACGAUAAUGGCCAAUGAAAAAACCUACACCGUGCCCAGCCUGUUGCUAUCGGCGUACUAUGCGUGUAACGAGAUCCAGUUGUCACAGUACAAAAGUUUUGAUGUCCCGGAGGUCAAUUUGAAGUAUUGUUGCAAGUCGCUGUUCGAAAUCGUACAUCUGAACUCCAAAAGCGGUGUUUUCGACCCGCUCGGUGACAGGCAGUCCAUGUUUGAUAAGGUGCAGUCCGUUAGCCCUAAAAACAAUUUCAAAAAAAUUAGCUUAUCUGCCGCGUAUCACGGACACAUAAAUUGUUUGAAAUUUGCUCACGAGAUCGGUGUCCCAUGGGACGAACCGUUCCUACCGUUGACAAACAAUGAUCCCUUUAUCUUGGCCGCGUUCGGCGUGUUCAACAAACCUUCUGAUUCCAUUCCGAGUGUCAAGAUUACUAAUGAAAUCGGCUGCGAUUGGUACGAGACAACGUGUAGUGCUGCUGCACUGAACGGGCACUUGGACUGCCUGGUUUAUGCUCAUGAAAAUGGUUGUGAAUGGGAUGAGGAUACUUGCAGGAACGCUAUGUCAAAUGGGCACUUGGAUUGUCUUGCGUAUGCACACGAGAAUGGGUGCAAGUGGCACCAGAAGGAAAUUUGUCGUAGUGUUGCAGCGAAUGGGUACUUGGACUGUCUCAUGUAUGCCCAUGAGAAUGGGUGUAAGUGGAACAUUAAGACGUGCAAUAACGCUGCCCUGGGUGGGCACUUGGAUUGCUUAGUAUAUGCCCACGAAAACGGUUGCGAAUGGGGCGAAUCAACUUGCAGUAACGCUGCACUUAAUGGCCACUUGGAUAUAUUGAUGUAUGCUCAUGAGAAUGGGUGCAAGUGGGACAUCAUGACGUGUGCCAACGCCGCCUUAGGCGGGCACUUGGAUUGCCUGAUAUAUGCCCAUAAAAAUGGUUGUGAAUGGGAUGAGUUAACUUGCAGUAACGCUGCACUUAAUGGUCAUUUAUACUUAUUAGUGUAUGCUCACGAGAACAGUUGCAAGUGGGAUGCGAUGACAUGCAGCAAUGCUGCCUUGGGUGGGCAUAUGCGUUGCUUGGUAUACGCCCACGAAAAUGGUUGCGAAUGGGAUGAGUUAACAUGCAGUAACGCUGCACUUAAAGGCCACAUGAACUGUUUAGAGUACGCCCACGAGAACGGAUGCAAAUGGGACGAUAAAACUUGCAGAAACGCUGAUCUUAAUGGGCAUUUUAACUGCCUCUUGUAUGCCCAAGAUAAUGGAUGCGAUCUUCAUGAUGUCAUGGUCACAUUUUUUGGAAAUAAUUAAAUAAAAUUUGUUUUUAUUAAAUCAGUAAAUUAAAUUGAAAUAAGAAUCAUUUAUAGUGAUUGUCCUAGUAAAUCUUAUGAAUAAACAAAACUAUGAUAGGUAUCUCCUUAAUUUUAGGAAAUAUCAUAUAGAUAAAUUCUCAUCGGAGCCUGUUUAUGUGUAUUAUAUUUUAAUAGGUAUGUUUCCAUUUUUUUCAAACUGUAUAAAAUGAAGUAAUUUUAUUAUUUUUUAUUCCUUGGUGUUAUGUCCAUACUGAUAAAUCUUUUUAGUUUUUUUCAACACCUUUUAUUAUUGCAUUUGGUUUUUAGAUA